ACGGCUACACGACCUCGGUCGCGACAUUCACAAUCAAAUUGGUCAGAGAAGAUGCGGAGAAAAGAUGCCGUAUCUCCCCAAUCUUAUGUCUUCUUAGUAAAACUAGCGUCUCCAAUUUCUAUAAAUUCUCAUAACCUUUUGCUAUUAAGGAGGAGUUUACGAAGACAAUGACCCUGCUGGCAUAAUGUCAUGACCCUUUGUUUGUAUAUAUAAGUUCAAAUUAAUCAUGCAAUAGUUAUGAGACAAAGUUUGUUCCCCUCUCUAUAUAUCUCUCUACCUUUCUGUUACUUUAAACUUCUUCUUAUAGUGGCAAUGGGGAACCUGAUCGUGGAUUCAUGGUUUAAGGAAAAUGCAAGCGACGGUAUUGAAUCCAAACAAGAGGAUCAGAAGAAUUAAAAACAAUAAGAAGAUGAAAAAGAAUGUUCCACUUUCCUUUUCUAUUUCUUAUAAGGAUUCAGCAACGUCGACGAGUAGUGGUACUAUCGGAGUCUUGUCCUUGGAGGUUGCGAGCCUCAUGUCAAAAAUUGUACGUCUCUGGCAAUCCCUCGGCAAUGACAAUAUUACCAAGCUCAGAUACGACAUAUUCAAUCAUGAAGGCAUCAGAAAGCUCAUAUCUGACAACCAUGACUCUCUCUUUAGCCUCGCCCUUUCUGAAUUCAUGGAUUCCCUUGGAUCCCUCACUCAAUCUGUCGCCAGGCUAGGGAGCAAAUGUGCUGAUCCCGUGCUCCAGCAAUUCGACCGCAUCUUCACCUAUCUCCUCCUCCUCAAGAGGAACAAUGACAACCAUCUAUAUGGGUUUCAGUAUGCCGAAAAGAAAAUGGAGCGCAAGGUGAAGAAGAUGGGGAGAAUUGCGUCUGCUACCUCCAACCUUUACCAGGAGCUAGAGGCCCUGGGAGAACUCGAGCAAACAUUGCGAAGGAUGAAGAUUCAAGCGAAAUCUGAUCCUAGCCGUCGAAGUCCCUUGGCUGAUUUGAAGCCCAAAGUGGUCUGGCAAAGGAAGGAGGUGAACCAUCUUCGCGACAAGUCUCUUUGGAACCACACCUAUGAUUAUACUGUCCGCCUACUGGCGAGAUCCCUCUUCACUGUCCUCGGAAGGAUCAAUCAUGUCUUUGCGUUUCUUGAUGAUGAUCAUGGUGGUGAUGAUGAUGAUGAUGAAAACUUAUCUCCGUCCAUUUUCCUACUGUCACCAACUUGGAAGCGCCGCAACUGGAAGAAGACCAAGUGGCCGGUCUCUAACACACCCUUCAGUGGCUGCAUUCCGACAGGAGCUGACUCCCCUGUUCUGCCAGGCUUCGUGCCUAAAAUGAGCAAUGCUGACAGAACAAACAAUUGGAACAAGCCAUAUCUGUCUUUCUUCGAGUCCCAGCACAAGCCACUCAAGUCUGCGCCUUCGACUCUCGGCGCUGCUGCACUAGCUCUGCGUUACGCAAACGUCAUCAUCCUGAUCAAGAAGCUUGCAUCAUCUCCUGACUGGAUUGUUUCAGAUGCCAGAGAUGAGCUGUACAGUAUGCUACCUAGCAGUAUCAGAGCAUCGCUGAGGGCGAGGCUCAGGCCCUAUACAAGGAAUCCGAGUACAUGUUUCGAUGAUCCAAUAGUUGCAGCAUAUUGGAGUAAGACAACGGCAAGAAUAUUGGAAUGGCUUGCUCCGCUUGCUCAUAACAUGAUAAGAUGGCAGUCGGAGCGGACCUUCGAGCAGAAAUAUUUGGUUUGUAGCUCAAACAUUCUUCUGCUACAAACCCUGUACUUUGCAGAUCAAGCUAAGGCAGAAGCUGCAAUAACGGAGCUACUUGUUGGUUUGAACUAUUUAUGGAGGUUUCGAAGAGAAACGAAUGAAAAACAAAACUAACAAGUUAAUUCAACAAUAUAUACAGAUAUCCUUGUGUGA